GCCGUAUCUCUAAAAAAUGCUUCUGUAGGCCCACAAAAUGGCAAAAGUUUCAAUUUUGCACUAUUUUGUAUCGUUUUCAAGUGGAAAUUCUACGACAUCUCUCGAUUUUUCUUGAAACUUUGAACACCCUCAUCACCCCUGCAAAUGCAUUUGGUCAACUGCAGCCAUUCGUCAUCUCUCAUAUACUUGAAUCUACGAAUUAGGCGAAGGCAAGAAAUAACCCUUGACUCACUAGUACGUAAUUCUAUACAUUGCUUUGGGAGGUCAAUGAACCCUCGUUCUUGAAAAUAACUAAUUGGAUUGCAUAACAAAGCGUACUGAAACUUGGAAUUAUCGCAAUUCCACGACUUGUCCAGAAAAUAACAUCGGUAUACCAUUAGAAUCAAAAUACCCUUGUGACCUAUCAAAGUAGUAUGAAAUUUCACGCUGAACUCGAAAAUAACGAUGAUUGUUACCUUGGUCCCAAAACUGAAAUUUUCAGCCUUAAAGAUUGGAAUUUUUGGCCGAAUUUUCGCGAUUUUUAUAAAACGUAUCCUUGCUACCCAUCGCAAUGGACUGGUCAACGCUGAAUUUGAAAAUUAUGAUCAUUGUUACUUCGAUUUAAAUACAGAAAUAUAUGUACAUAAUAUGGUCUUAAUUAUGAAAUUAUCAGCUUCAAAAACGGAAAUGUAUUGAUGCAUUUUCGUGAUCUAGACCACAACGUAUCAAGUUUUUCCAAUUAUACAUACUUAAGUAGUUCUUGAAUUGAGUACAAUAUUUUUUCCCCCUUCAAAAUCCAUGUGUGGCAUCCGAUCAAUCGGUCGCUUCUUGAGGACUAUUUACGACCCCAUCCCUUUCGACAGAGAUAGAAAAUUCAUUACAAUUACUUUUCCCUUCUUUGAACAAAGUUUUUCCCUUCAGUUUUGAACGUAGGCAGCACUUUCGUCUGAUAUGUUCCUCUAGUGAUGGUUAAGUGACUACAAUUACCAAAAUCUUGAAUUCGAUUUUUCGUUUUCAUAGCACUUUGUUAAAACUUGAUUUGUCAAUUGAUGAACUAUGAAGUGACAAAGGUAGAGUACUUGUGACAUAAUUCGAGGAAAUUUUCCAUUUUGGACAUGAUUUUUUUCGAGAAAUUUAUUGCAUACGUUUUAUGAGCAAAUGUAAUUUUUAUCUACCAAGUGUAGGCCUAUAAUAUUGAUUAGAUUUUGAAAAAUAUGUCUUUGCUGUAUUCAACCAGUUGAAGACAAUAAUGUGGGUUUUUACGUUUUUCAUUGUACCUCGUAUCAUACGUUGGUCUGUUUUUGCAUGUUUGGUGAUCUUUUGUUAUUGAAGUUCAAUUUUAAACUCGACGAUAGAAGAUAGUAAUUGUGGUAAAAUGCGAUAAAAGUGCUGGGUAUUUCUUCGUAUGCCUGGUCUUAUCUCGAUGUGUAGAUUUUAUUGGACGUGUAAAUGGUUAUGAUUGGUGUUGCAGCGAUUGUAACGAUCAGUAUGAAAUCGUUGGUAUGUUUGCUCGUUCAUUCGUGUAUUUCAAAAAUAGUGUGACAUAUUUUCCAAGUUGCGAAUCUUAAAUUUAUUGAUUUCGAAGUAAAAUUCGAGUACGUGCACAUAGAUACAUAAUUAUGUCUAUCGUGGUAUUGUUCGUUCGAAUUUUUGAUUUUGUCCCUGUCUAGUUCGGUUUCUAAAAUAAUAGCCGUGAUUUUUUAUUGCAAGAUUUUAAGCUAAUGAUCUGGUUUCGUGUUCGGUGGAAAUGUAAGUUUUGAAGAGACAAGGUACCUAUGACUUUUUUUUAUUUAAUGAUCUGUUGUGAGCUGCAUUUUCCAAUGUUUUUCCACGGUGUUCUGAUGUAGAAGCUGUUUUUGGAAAAGUAUGUAGGAAUUGCAAAUGCCCUCGUGAAGAUCACGAUUCGUCACCUACGAGUAGAUCACGUUCAACGACAGGGGAGAUGUCAGAAUCGUUGGGCACAUCUUCAGAACCUCCUGUUCACCAAGGUAUCGACAAACUGCUGCAACCGAGUAAAAACGUAACCGAUCCGCAAAGGCAUUCUCAAUCCGACGAAGACUCCGGCUGCGCUCUGGAGGAGUACACGUGGGUGCCACCUGGUCUUCGACCCGACCAAGUACACCUUUAUUUCUCGGCCAUUCCCGAAGAUAAAGUACCGUAUGUAAAUUCAAUUGGUGAACGUUACCGAGUCAGGCAAUUGCUGCAACAGUUACCACCGCAAGAUAAUGAAGUACGUUAUUGUCACAGUCUAUCGGACGAAGAACGAAAAGAACUCAGAUUAUUCUCGGCCCAAAGGAAACGCGAAUCUUUGGGCAGAGGAGCGGUCAGACAGCUGAGCGGUGCUAUGCAAUGCGACAGCUGCGAAGAACACGUACAAAAUGGUGAUAUGGCAGUAUUCGCGUCGAGAGCUGGAUCAAAUAUUUGCUGGCAUCCGGCCUGCUUCAUUUGUACCGUAUGCAAAGAAUUACUGGUGGAUUUGAUUUAUUUCUAUCGCGAGGGCAAGAUUUAUUGCGGACGUCAUCAUGCCGAAACGCUGAAACCAAGAUGUUCGGCUUGCGAUGAGAUUAUAUUAGCGGACGAAUGUACCGAAGCGGAAGGCAGAGCUUGGCAUAUGAAACAUUUCGCUUGUUUAGAAUGCGAACGUCAAUUGGGAGGGCAAAGGUAUAUCAUGCGAGAAGGUCGACCUUACUGUUUGCACUGCUUCGACGCCAUGUUCGCCGAAUUCUGUGAUUCUUGCGGAGAACCUAUUGGUGUAGAUCAUGGUCAAAUGAGCCACGAAGGGCAACAUUGGCACGCGACAGAUCAAUGCUUUUGUUGCCAUACUUGUCGAUCUUCGUUACUCGGACGUCCGUUUCUGCCCAGAAGAGGUGCUAUAUAUUGUUCAAUCGCGUGCAGUAAAGGCGAACCACCGACGCCUUCUGAUAGCAGCGGUCCGGGCAUGUAUUUGCCCAGACAUCAUCGUAUGUUGGAAAAACCGCCUUCUGACGGAUCCAGUACACCGCCGUCUCCUAGUAGGAAUAAACGUAUGGUCAACAAAGACGUGAGGUUGUCUCCUUCGGUGCUACAGCAAGAACUCAGGAUAUCACCGUCGGCUAUUCAAUCUGCUACGAUGGAUGUUACGUUCUUGCCAUCUAAUAAUUUACCUCGAUCAGCAACCCAAUCGCCUCGCCAUCUUGCCAACUCCAGUCCAACGCUGACUCGAUCGCCAAAAAUGGGAAAACGAGCCCUGCACCGCGGAUCGCACAAAACCUCGCUAUCCAGUCUAAGCUCGCAACCACUGACACCAUCGGCUCCGCCACCUCCACCGUUACCACCUCCAUUACCACCAUAUCCAUCGAUAAAAUGCAGCAGCGAUGCUUAUGCUAAAUCAACCGAGUCUAGCUCUCAACUAAACCACGACCGUAGUUUAAAUCGUAUGCUUAUGGAAAAAGCUCUAGAAAGGCACUCCUGCGAAAAACCCAUCAACGGACACUCCUCGAGUAAACGAGAAGACGCUCUUUAUCGCGAAAUAGGUCGAUGCGGAAGUAGCGGCAGCGGCGGCGGCGGUGGUAAUAAUCUCUGGAUACAGGCGCAAGUGCAACACUUGUUGAUCGAGAAUUGCAAAACUUCCAAUAGCAAUCCGUCUUUAGAUAAGUUACUUUUAGAAAGCAGUAAAUUAGGCAUAAGUCAAUCGGACCUGCAUCGUAUAUUAAGCCAGCAAUUAGCCAAAUACAAGAAAUCGUCGACGUCGCCUUCUCCGUCCAAGUACAGCGUCGAAUACGAACAGUUCGAGAACUAUAAAUCGGAUAAUUCGAUGGACCGAGGCGAGAAAUCGACGAACGCCAGUCGUGAUUCGGAGUUACAAAUCGCCGAAUUGAGCUUGAGCCUAGACUCGUGGAAACCAUCGUUGACCGACAGCUCGGCCAAUAAUAAUCACGCAUCGUCGAUGCCCGAACUACCUCAUCAGAAUAAUUCCUCGGGCUCGUACAGAUCGAAAACCAAAGCUAAUCUCAGUGUGAGGUUCGAAAACGAACUAGAAGACGACGAAGAGGAGGAUAUCACCGAGAAUAAUAAUUACCGAAGCAAACACCACCAAAGAAGAAGGAAAAACGACGACGAUACCGAUAGCUAUUGUUCGACUUGCUCUUCCAGUUCUAGCAGCGAUGAUCCUACCGUUUAUCAACUACCUCCUCGUCGAACUUUCAACGGAGGUGCUAGAAUCUCUUAUGUACCUAAUGAUAAGCUAGCUUUUGCCAAAAGACAACAAUCUCUGGUUUCAAGAUCACCUAGUAAGAAACCAGCUGCCCCAGCUGCUGAUGAUAAGAAUUGCGUUAUAUCGUAAAAGCGUCGCGUCGUGGGCUGAGAUUAUGUGAUAAUGUAGGACUGCGGUGAAAAGACUGAAUUUGAAUUUUUUUUCUCUCAAUGUAUUGAUCGGCUGCCUUAAUUUCAAUCCGUUUGUACCUGCUUGAAAUGGUCAUGAGAAUUUGAAGGGGAAAGAGAUGUUUGGGUAUUUAACGUACCUUACUCGUUAUUUUAGCUAUUUUUUUGUCGAUUAAAAUAGAU